AUGGCUAGCGAGGCAGUCAACGGUAUGGACUAUAACCAGUACAGUCAGCCAGCUGAGUUGGCUGCCUCUACUCCUUCUCAUCAAGCUUCAGCAUCUCAAGGCUCGAAUGGAGCCUCUAGUCAGCAGCAGAAGGCAGAUCCACAGGAAAUUGGCUGGUACUUUGUGGAGCAGUAUUACACAACUCUCAGCAAGAGCCCGGACAAAAUACAUCUAUUCUAUAACAAGAAAUCCCAGCUCAUCACAGGAACUGAGGCUGAGAAAGUACUGCCGGCCGUUGGAUCCAAGGCAAUCAGCGAGAAGAUAAAAUCUCUCGAUAUCUCCGAUUGCAAGAUCCGAGUCCUCAAUGUCGAUUCCCAAUCCUCCUACGACAACAUCGUUGUUCAGGUCAUUGGUGAGAUGUCCAACAAGAACCAGCCACAUCACAAGUUCGUGCAAACUUUCAUCCUGGCUACACAACCCAAUGGUUACUUCGUCCUGAAUGAUAUCUUUCGCUACCUCAACGAGGAUGUGGAUGAGAUCGUCGAAGACGAACCAGUCACCGAAGAGGCAACCACCCAACCUGAGGAGGCAACAGGCGAGGUAGAGCCAGUGCCUACCCCUGCUGCCAACGAGGUUGUAGACAAUGAAGAGGCAGCCGAGCAGGUGGACAAGGAGUUGGAAACUGCUAUUGAGCAAUCUGAAGGUACUGCUGAAGAGGUCAAUGGAACAGCUGCUCCAGUCGAAGAGACGACAGAAACCGAGCCUGAGGCCGAAGUUGACACUUCUGUUGAGCCCGAGUCUGAGCCAGCUGUCGAGGAAACAGCAACCCUCGAAGAGGAGAAACCACUCGACCCAGAACCGACACCUACCGAAACUUCAGCCACAACAAGUACCACAGCUCAACCUAUCCCAGCUGCCGAUGCCGCACCAGUCAAAAAGACUUGGGCUAGCUUGGUAGGCAGCAGCAAAGCACCUGUCGUACCAGCUGUGCCACAAACUCAAGCUCCAGCCGCAGCUCCUUCACAGCCAAAGCCUAGACCUGUAUCUACCGCACAAGCUACCAAAGCCCCUGCCGAACCUACCACCGAGACAACAGCGUCCACCCCAACCUCACAGAGCAAUGGAUGGCAAGAGGCAGGCAAGAAGACCAAGCAACAAGCCAAGACCCAAGAAGGCAUCGUGCAUGCCUACAUCAAGAAUGUUAAUGACAAGAUUGAUGCACGCGUCCUCCGUGAAGUGCUCGAGAAAUUCGGCAAGCUCAAAUACUACGACGUCUCACGACCCAAGCAAUGCGCUUUUGUCGAAUUCGAAGACUCUGCUUCCUAUGCUGCUGCAGUGGCCGAGAACCCCCACCAAGUCGGCACAGAGACCAUCAAUGUCGAAGAGCGACGCCCUCGUCCAGGUACUACUGGCACUAACUUCACUCGAGGUGGGGCCCAAGCCGGACGAGGACGAGGUGGGCAACAGCAACGAAGUGGUAGCCAAGGAGCAGGAUACACCCGCGAUGCCGCUCCUCGUGGUAACUUCCAAGGCUCUCGAGGCAACAAGACCGCUGGACCAGCUCGAGGCCGAGGCCAAGCACAAGCAGCAUAG